CCGGGCUAUAAAGGGCUCCAAGCCAGGGGGAAGCGAGCACUCGCUGUCUGUGCUGCCGAGCCGGGUGUUGCUCUCCUGCCCUACAGCCUCCGCCAGCCUUCGCCAUGAGCACCACCACGGUCAGGCAAUACUCCUCCUCCACCUCCCUCAAGGGCUUCGGUGGCCUGGGUGGAGGCUCCAGCAGGCUUUCCUCCGUGCGUGUUGGGGGAGGAGGGUACAGAGCACCCAGCGUCCACGGAGGCAGCUACUCUGUCUCUUCCCGCAUUGUCUCGGGGCUUGGAAGUGGCUACGGGGGCAGCUACUGCAGCAGCGUAGGAGGGGGCCUCGGCAGUGGCUUUGGGGGUAGCUAUGGGGCUGGCUUUGGGGCUGGCUUUGGAGCUGGCUUUGGAGGUGGCUUUGGAGGUGGCGAUGGCAUCCUCCCGGCUGGCGAAAAGGAGACGAUGCAGAACCUCAACGACCGCCUGGCUGCCUACCUGGACAAAGUGCGUGCCCUGGAGGAGGCCAACACUGACCUGGAGGUCAAGAUCAGGGAAUGGUACAAGAAGCAGGGACCUGGUCCAGACCGUGACUACAGCCCCUACUACAGGACUAUCGAGGAGCUCAGGAACAAGAUUCUUGCUGCAACUGUUGAAAAUGCCAACAUCGUCUUACAGAUUGACAAUGCCAGGCUGGCAGCUGAUGACUUCAGAACCAAGUUUGAGACGGAGCAGACUCUGCGCCUGAGUGUGGAGGCUGAUAUCAACGGCCUGCGCAGAGUCCUGGAUGAGCUGACCCUGGCCAGAGCUGACCUGGAGAUGCAGAUCGAGAACCUGAAGGAGGAGCUGGCCUACCUCAAGAAGAACCACGAGGAGGAAAUGAAUGCCCUGCGUGGGCAGGUGGGUGGAGAGAUCAGCGUGGAGAUGGAUGCGGCUCCUGGAAUCGACCUCACCAAGAUCCUGGCUGAGAUGAGGGAGCAGUACGAGAGCCUGGCGGACAAGAACCGCAGGGACGCCGAGCAGUGGUUCUUCAGCAAGACGGAAGAGCUGAACCGGGAGGUGGCCAUCAACACCGAGCAGCUUCAGAGCGGCAAGACGGAGAUCACAGAGCUACGACGCACCAUCCAGAGCCUGGAGAUUGACCUGCAGUCCCAGCUCAGCACGAAAGCGGCGUUGGAGGGCACCUUGGCUGACACGGAAGCCCGCUACGGCACCCAGCUGGCCCAGCUCCAGGGGCUGAUCACCAGCGUGGAGGAGCAGCUGGCCGAGCUGCGGUGCGACAUGGAGCGCCAGAACCACGAGUACAGGGUCCUCCUGGACGUCAAAUGCCGCCUGGAGCAGGAGAUUGCCACGUACCGCCGGCUCCUGGAGGGCGAGGACGCCCACAUCUCUUCCCAGUACUCCUCUGCUAUGUCCUCACACUCUGGCAGAGAUGUCAUGACAUCUUCCCGUCAGGUCCGCACAAUUGUUGAGGAGGUGCAGGACGGGAAGGUGGUCUCCUCCCGGGAGCAGGUUGCGCUCACCACUCGCUAGGAGGGCAAGCAGCUCUGUGGACCCUCGACCCCAAGUUCAAAAGAGUGGCGAGCUGAACUAAGCACUGUCUGAGGCCGUGUGUGGUGGGGUCGUGUUACAGAAAGUAGUCUGCUUCAUUCAUCUGCUCCUCCUUCCUGUUUUACCCUAAUUUCAUGCAGGUGCCAUCGUGCACUCUGUACACAUUUAAUAAAGUUUUUUUCCUCGUUCAUGCAA